CCACGAGACGACGUGGGUCGUCGGGACCCCAGUGGGGAGCGCCUCGGGCCAUGGCCGGUGUGCGCAGGCUCCAGCUGGAGGAGGCCCUGGCACUGGGGUCUGAGUGGCGGCACGCGUGCCACGCGCUGCUCUACGCGCCGGACCCAGGGCUGCUCUUCGGCCGCAUCCCGCUGCGUUAUGCCGUACUGAUGCAGAUGCGCUUUGAUGGGCGCCUGGGCUUCCCCGGCGGCUUGGUGAACAGGCAGGACGGCAGCCUGGAGGAUGGGCUGAACCGCGAGCUGAGCGAGGAGCUGGGCGAGGCUGCGGCCGCCUUCCGGGUGGAGCGCACCGACUACCGCAGCUCGCACGUCGGGUCCGGGCCGCACGUCGUGGCCCACUUCUAUGCCAAGCUCCUGACCCUGGAACAGCUGACUGCAGUGGAGAUUGGCGCACCGCGCGCCAAGGACCACGGGCUGGAGGUGCUGGGCCUGGUGCGGGUUCCCCUGUAUACCCUGCGGGAUGGUGUGGGAGGCCUGCCCGCCUUCUUGGAGAAUUCCUUUAUUGGAACUGCACGGGAGCAGCUGCUGGAAGCCCUCAAGGACUUGAGACUGGUAGAGUCUGGUUCUCUCUCGAAGGCUGCAGGCCGUAGGAUCUCAGCCCCUCCCUAGAGGCAGCCCUCAUGGACCCAUGCUGAGCUCAGGACACUGGUAUUGGGGAGAGGGGGGAGGAAAAAGGGAAUGUUUUCCCUUCUGGGCCUGGGCCUGAUAGAUGAUAACAGAUUAAAAAGAUGUAUGUACAGUAUGUUCUGAGCAGAGGGCUCCCCCAGCAACUCACGGCGUCAGGGGCAAAAAUCUGCAGCUCAUCCCAGGGGCCCUGGCAAAUUCUCAGAGCCUGCCUCCUCCCUGUACAAUUGCACACACACAACCUGGCAGCCCCCACACAUGUGACAGCCUGUGCCCUCACACAAGCUGACACCUCCCCACCCCCACUCCCCGCCCCACCCUCCCCAGUUUAAUCAGGAAGUGGCAUGUCACUAUACCCAUCUCCUUGCUAGGGAGGAGUGUCUGGACCAGGGAAAGGUCUCUUCCCACACUCCUGCAUGGCUGUUCUCCAGGGUCUAGCCCACCCAUGCUUGUUGAGACAGAGAAGCAGAGGACCCUUUUUCCCCCCGAAGGUGAUUGCAUCCUUGCCUGGGGGUUUCAGUAUACCCUUGAAAGGUGGCAGAGGGUCCUAACCAGCCCCCUGCCCUCUUCUCCUGAAAGUGAAUAGGAGUGAGGAAAUGGCUUGGUCUCCUUGGACUGACCUUGAACUUGAGACUUCUAAGUCCUGUGCAUCUCCUCCAGGGCUUUCAUCUUUGGGACCCCUUAGACUCUGGGGACAUCAGGAAACUGACUCAGCCCUGCCCUGACAAAAAGAGCCUCCUAGUAAAGAAAGGCUUAUGCUGGGCCUCCAGGCCCUUCACUUCUCUCCACAAGUAAUCCGUAUGAGGUACUGGAAGUCUAAAGAUGACAGAGCCAUUGGCCUUGCUCUCCAUGGGUCAGGAAACUUGUUCUUAAAAGGCAAAUAGUAAAUAUUUUAGGCUUUGUGGGCCACAUGGUCCUUGUAGCAACUGCUUAACUCUGCCAUGUCAGAAGGAGCAAGCGACAAUACGUAAAUAAAUGGGUGUGGCUGUGUUCCAAUAAAACUCUAUCUAAUAAAGGAGCUAGCCAGCCUGUGGGCCAUAGUUUGCCAACUCCUGCUCUAGAGAAGAAGAUAAGUGAUAAUUUUAAUGAUGAUGUCUACUUAUGUACUUUAUUUAUGUCUGUGUUAAGAAGCAAAUAAAGGAUUGGUACAGGUCCUGCCA